AUGGCCACACAAGCUCUGGUAUCAUCUUCAUCUUUAACAGCCUCAAAGGAGGCUGCAAGGCAUUUACUAGGAGGAAAGGCAGUCCAAUCUCCAUUUGGGUCAAGAAAAUCUGCUUCCUUUGUAGUCAGGGCAGCCUCUACACCCCCUGUUAAGCAAGGAGCAGACAGACAAUUGUGGUUUGCAUCCAAGCAAAGCCUUACUUACUUGGACGGCAGCCUUCCUGGUGACUUUGGAUUUGAUCCACUGGGGCUGUCUGACCCAGAAGGCACAGGAGGGUUCAUUGAGCCGAGAUGGCUAGCGUAUGGAGAGGUCAUCAAUGGACGUUAUGCCAUGCUGGGUGCAAUUGGUGCCAUAGCACCAGAGAUUCUUGGAAAGCUUGGCCUAAUCCCACCAGAGACAGCCCUCCCCUGGUUCCAAACAGGGGUGAUCCCCCCAGCUGGGACCUACAACUACUGGGCUGACCCCUACACACUCUUUGUCUUCGAGCUAGCCCUCAUGGGCUUUGCAGAGCACAGGAGGUUCCAGGACUGGGCCAAUCCAGGGUCCAUGGGCAAGCAGUACUUUUUGGGCUUGGAGAAGUACUUGGGUGGCUCAGGGGACCCAGCUUACCCGGGUGGGCCCCUCUUCAACCCUCUGGGAUUUGGCAAAGAUGAGAAGUCUUUGAAGGACUUGAAGCUCAAGGAGGUGAAGAAUGGGAGGCUGGCUAUGUUGGCAAUUUUGGGUUACUUCAUACAAGGCCUUGUGACUGGUGUGGGGCCCUUCCAGAACCUUCUGGAUCAUUUGGCUGACCCUGUGAACAACAACGUCUUGACCAGCCUCAAGUUCCAUUGA